AUGAAGAUCUCCCUCAAGCUUCCAGAAGACCAACAAGAGUUCCAGUACCACCGCAACCCACUGAUAAAGGCAAAGGUACCCGUAACCAUAUUCAACCAACCUUUUACUUCUUCCAUUGCCACCAUUUCAUCCGCCGCCUCUGCCACCAAGUCUUCCUCUCACCUCUCAUUUUCUCUCUCCUCCAACUUCUCUUCUGGCCCUUCCGUCAGACUCUCUUACUCUCACUCCUCCACCGCACCCUCCCCUUUCUCUCUCUCCCUCAAGUCUGGUCUUGGCCUCUUUGGCUCCCCAAAAAACUCCCCUCUUGUUUUUACUGCUCGCUUCUCUCUCUCCCACACAAACCCCACUUUCUCUCUCCACAUCAAGCCCCAAUUUGGCAACUUUUCACUCAAAAAAUCCACCUUUUCCGACCCUAAUUUCAAACAAAUUUCUGGGUCUUCCUCCGAUGUUGGUGACCAUUUGGAUUCUGGGUCUCCUUUAAAUGGUGGUUUUGGUAAUGGGCUUGUCUCUGAAGGGUCAUCUGUUUGGCAGGAGCUGAGGUUGGAGCCUUCCGGCGCCAAAAAUGGCGAAUUUAGGGAUAAUUGUGGAGCUCAUUCGAAUGGCGGAAUUGGGUCUGCGGCGGAGAGGUCAUUGGGUUGGAAGAAUGGUGGGAAAGAUGGGUUGUUUUCUGGAAUUGCUGUGAUGGCAAGGACUGUGUUGCCGGUCACAAAAAGUUUGGUGGUGAAUAUGCGCUGGGGUGUGAAUCUUCCUGCAAAGUUUGGUAAAACGAUGCCUUAUUUGACCGUGAAUAAGAUUGGUAUUGAGAGAGUUGAGGAGGUGAAGAUAGAGGAGGAAAAGAGUUCUGAGACCAAUGUGGGUGACAUGGAGUUGUUAAAGGGGAUGUGCUUUUGGAUGAGAAGGGAUUUGGAGGUCUUGGAGAAGGAAAAUAGGGAGAUGAAGCAGAGGUUGGAGGAUGUGAAGUUUGGAGUUUCUUCAAAGCGUUUUCAUACUGAGAAGAAUGAUGUUGUUGGGAAGAGAUUGCUGCCGCCUUCGAGUGAGACUUCAGGGGGGUUCGAACAGUGGAGGAACAAGAAGAAGGUCAGAGAAGAGAAUGCACAAAUGGAGCAGAAAAAGCCUACCAAUCAUGCUGUUGAUGUGGAGUCUGAAUUGCAGAGAGCUAUCAAGGCCGCUACCACUUAG